AUGGUGAAUGAGAUAUUGAAACACAGUCGAUUGGCUGCCUCCCUUCCAACCGAUGCCAGACUCUCUGUCGAAGCCAGUUUCCGAAAGAGCUUUCUUGCUGCACCAUUGUUUGGAACUGCGGCACUGGUUGUCACUUUCUACCUCGUGGGUAGGAAGCCCGCGGAAGAAAAGAGUGAGAUUGACUGUGAUGAGUAA